CCAAUUAUAAUACAGCCUGGAUGCCCCACCGUCCUAUCGAAUAUACUUUAGAUUGUUUUCUUCCUCCACCUACCAUUCUCGGCUUACUACUUAUCCAGUCUUCGUCUCCGUCUCCUAUUCUAAUUUCAAGCCUCAAUCAUCGAUCUCUCUUCUCUUCUCCACAUCCAUGGAGUUCCUUCGUCUCAACCUCCUCGCUCCUCUCCUCCUAUCCCUCUCUCUCCUCCUACCUCUCACUCUCGCCGUCGACGUCACCUACUGCGAUAAGAAUGCUGACUAUGACGUCACGGUCCAAGGUGUUGAGAUAUCUCCUUAUCCUGUGGUGAGAGGGUCGCCUGCCACCUUCAGUAUCUCUGCAAAUACAGGUGAAACUAUCACUGGAGGAAAACUGGUGAUUGAUGUUUCAUACUUUGGAUGGCACAUCCACAGUGAGACCCAUGACCUUUGUGAGGAGUCAUCUUGCCCUGUUUCAAGUGGUGAUUUUGUGAUUUCCCAUACACAAGUUUUGCCUGGAUUUACUCCACCAGGUACAUACAAUCUUAAAAUGAAGCUGGUGGAUAAAAAGAAUAAGGAAUUGACAUGCAUUGGCUUUGAUUUCAGUAUUGGGUUUGUAUCCCCUGUGGCUGAUAGUUAAGUGACUCAAAGAUUGGUUUGUCAGUCUAUCUAUACAUUAUAAAUAGCCUGUAAAGAGGAUAUUUUUUUUUUUUACAAUACAUUGUACUCAUCUACCAAAAUGUAAAACUUUGCUGGUUUUAUGUGAUGUUUGACUUGUUAUUCCACCUA